CUAACCAAAAUCAUGAAGCCACUUCUUUCCUAGUCAAUCUCCUCCUACCUCUUUCAGCCUCUCCUCUCUCUGAAAACCUCACAGAAAUGCUUGGGAAGAAGAUGGUGAGCUUCAAAAAACUAGCCAAGAAGGUGAAGUCUGUAGGUGGAACUGGUAGAGUAGUCGACCCUUAUUCCCACCAUGAAUGUCUGCUAAGAGACUCAGACGUUCAAGGAGGUAAUUCUCCUUCAACAAAAACCCCAACUGGGUUCCUGGCAGUUUACGUUGGCGAAGAGCGCCAGAGGUUCGUGGUUCCAACAAGCUUUCUUUCUCAUCCACUCUUCAAGAUGCUGCUGGAGAAAGCCUACAAUGAGUUUGGUUUUCAGCAGAGAAAUGGACUCGUGGUUCCUUGCAGCGUCUCGGCUUUCGAAGAGGUUGUCAAUGCUGUGGAAUGCAGUAAUGGGCAGUUUGAUUUUGGAGAACUUGUUGAGGAGUUUAUUUCAUGAUCGAGUAGGGAUAAUCAAGUUAGCUCCCUUAUUUGAUUUUGAUUAGCAAAAAUGCUUAGAUUAGGG